AUGGAUUUGCCAACGCUCGACUUUUCCUUGUUUACCCAAGGCUCUUUGCAAGAAAGGAAGAAUACCGCCAGAGCUCUGGUAUCAAGUUUCAAGAACCAUGGCUUUGUCAAACUUACCAACCAUGGCCUGCCCGAGGACGUCGUCAAGGCAUACAUGAAGGCUGCUGUCGACUUUUUCGCGCUCUCAACAGACGUGAAAAUGAAGAUUUCCAACCCUCGCGGUCCGAACCCGCAACGCGGAUUUAGCUGGGUUGGCGCGGAACAGACGUCCAAGCUGAGGCCGGAGAAUCUUAACGGCCAAAAGUCGUGGGAUGAAUUGACCGACGCCCGCGAGCACUUUGAUGCCGGUCCACCAGGCGACAAGGAGUUCCCCAAUAAGUGGCCUUCGGAGAAAGAGCUGCCAGGCUUCCAGAAGCUUAUGGAGGGUUGCUAUACGCAAUUCCAAGAUAUCUGCCUUGACAUCAUGAGAGCCAUCGAGGUUGGCACCGACCUGCCAGCUGACACGCUUGUGCAAAGGUGCCAGCCGGCGUCAAGCGAGCUACGUCUCAACCAUUACCCGCCGACCGACCUGCGUCAAUUGGCCGAGGGCAAGGUCAAGCGAACCUGGCCGCACACAGACUUUGGCAUCAUCACGCUUCUGUUCCAGGACACUGUCGGCGGCUUGGAGCUGGAGGAUCGGUCCCAGCCCGGCACCUUCGCACCUGUGUUGCCUGGCAAUCCUGAUGGUCCCACGGAAAUGGUUGUGAACAUCAGCGACACCUUCCAGCGCUGGACAAACAACGUCAUCAAGGCUGGCGUUCACCAAGUCUCGGUGCCGCCGACAAUGAAGGGACGCACGGAAGGUUUUUGCCCCGAGCGCUACUCUGGCAUUUUCUUUUUCAAGGCGCAUCGCGAUACAUCGGCUGGCCCGCUGCCUCACUUCGUCACGGAGAAGAGGCCCGCGGCAUAUGAUGAGAUCACCGCGCUCCAGUACCAGCAGCGAAUGACCAAGGUGCUGUACUAG